AUGUUACAUGGUGCACCCCUCCGCCUGCCAGCAUCCUUGCAUAACAAGCCAAGCUAUUUUGUACAUCCUGCGCUUGAGACAUCUCAUGUAUUUGUGUGCGAUGAUGCCAUUAAGCCAACUUUAACACCUUUGUGUGAUGGCCCAUUCAAAGUUGUCAAACGGACACCUAAUCAUUUCACCAUCAUCUGCAGCUGCAAACAAUCAGUGAUUGGAAUUGAUAGUCUCAAACCUGCAUUUCUGAUGCAAGAUCCAGCAACUUCUCCACCAACGUUGCCCACAGAAGAAGGUUUGAAUCCUGUUAAAGAGCAACCUAAAACUACUAGAUCUGGAAGACGUUUAAAUUUAACCCAAAAUAUUUAUAACGUAACAAUGGUACUUGGGGAGAGUACUGUGGCAUUCUUACAGUACUUUAAAUUCUGUUCAAGAGAUGGCACGAUCUUUCAAAUCAAUCCAGUUGCAUUUGGUUCUCUAACUACCACUAAGUGUUUAGCCAAUAUCUACAUUCAGAAUUUGUUGUGUUUGAAAGAUUUAAUCAAGCUUCUAAUAUUACAUGUACCUGUUUUAAUGACACUUCCAGUUAACCCUUCAACAAUACCAGCUUCUUUGCAAAGGAAUCCCAAGCAUCUUCCUUUUAGUGUUUGUUUUUCUGUCUCAAAAAGAAACAAAAAUAUUUUAUAUAACAUUGAUUUAAGUCGACCAGAAGUUUAUGUACCAAGGAAAAAACGGGCUUUUCAGGGCAAAAAAAGAGUUCGCCGCAAAAAAAUAAAGCCUGAAAUAGAAAAUGAUUUAAACUCCAGUUCUGGAGAAGAUCAUAUAGUACUAGAACCUUGCAUUGUGCCAGCAUCACAGGUUAAAGCACUGCAUAAAGUAAAUUCGGCUAAUUCUACAUGUAUGCAGAAAAGUAUGUCUGAAGUUGGUGAAAGUGAUGAAGAUGAACUUGUGACAGAUUUAUCAUUAACUCAUCUUGUACAGGAUUUCCAGUCUUAUAGCCUUUCAGUCAUAGAUUAUAUUUAUUUCAUAUUAAAUAUGUUUCAAGAAAGUGCUUUGUUGGAUCGUAGGGGGUUUGAGUGCACAUCUUUUUCUUCACCUUCCAUAUUGGAAUUUGCAUUAAACACUUUGAAACAAAUUCAUUCAAGGUAUUAUUCAUUACAUGACUGGACAAAAGAAGAUGUGGAUGUUCUAAAGGAACAGUUAUUAAGUUUGAUAUUUCUUACAGCUUCUAUAACACAUUCGUGUAUGAAUUACACUGGUGCACCAAAUGAAAAUGAAAUCAUCUCAACUCUUCUCAUAAUUUCAGAUGAAAUGCUGUCUUCUCAUUCAUUAAGUAGUCAUGACUUAAAGUUUGUAUGUAACGCCAUUAAAGGAUCUUUGAUGUUAAUCCAGUUCAUCAUUCAAUCUUGUUCUGAUGAUUAUGCAAAGAUCAUUUGCAUUUUUAGUACAUUUUCCAAUAUUGGUGUUGAUUUGUGCUGUAACAUUAUUGCACUUUUAGACAAAGAAGAUUCAUCUUAUAAUGAAAGUGAAAUACAUACUGUUCUUGCUUUAAUAAAAGAUAUUAUAAUUCUGUUAAAGUUCUUAAGGAUUUCUGCAUCUUCUGAAGAUGCUGAAAUGGUGAUCAAAGAUUAUAUUCAUCAUCACAAUGAUAUUCUUGGACCUUGUGCUAGUCAUACCAUCAUAAGCAAAGACCCUGUUUGUUGUGUUGCUUUUGUGAGUUGUUUUAUGUUGAAAAUAUUCAGCCUUCCUCUGUCAACACAAACAUCAAAUGAAAUUUUAAAGCAUUUAAAAUUAUGUGGUAUAUGUUGCUGUAUAAAUCCUGGUUUUAUUUUAAAAAGUCUAUUUAGUAGAUUUUCUCAUCAUGAUUUAGAGACUCAGCAACUUAUUUUGAUUUUAAUACAGAAGCAUUUAUUGACUCAAUUAGGCCUCACAUUAAAAUGCCAGCUGCAGUGUAUGCAUUGCUCAAAGCGUAUAAGUGGCAAUGAAACUUUGAUUGAUGACUCUACAAUUGAUUCUCUGUUAAAAGGAAAUACCAGAGCACAUAAUUUGAAUUUUGAAACUGGCAAUGCAUUUUGGAAUAUUUUUAAUAUAUAUAAUGAUUUGCUGAAUUUACCAGAUUCUGGAACUGUUGAAAAUAUUGCUAAACAUUUAGUACAAAUAUUUUCUGAAGCUGUUGGUAAAUUAAGAACUCAAAUUUUUAUCAGAGUUAUUUUCCCUCAGUUUUUACUCUUAAAUUCUGCAGUUGAAAAAUCUUUGCCUUCAAAUUUAAAAAUUAAAAGCAAAUUUUUUUUCUCCAUACUUCCUUAUGCUCUACAGUGUGAUUCAUUAUCAACAAUAUUUGUUAAUUUUGGAGGAAUUCCAAUUCUGUACAAAUUUCUUCCAAUAUCUGAGUUCCGGUUUUUGGUAUUAAAUGUUCUGAAAACUUUAAUAAUUUCUGAAAACAUGUUGACUGUGCAUGCUGCUGGUUUAGAUUCUUCAGUAAGGCACAUGCCAGCAUCUACAACAUUAUUCUAUUUUGUAUCAGAACAAACCCAAUGUUUUUUCCAAAAGUUGAAUUAUUUUUUUAAUGGACGAAAUUUAGUCGAAACUUACAAGCUAUUAAAACUAAGAGAAGCUAAAGAAAGCAGGAAGGGGAAUGAAAUUACUGAUAGAAACUGCAGUCUUAGUGACGAAGACAUUUUUGGUGCUGUUGAAAGUAUGCCAGAAAAUGUGAGUCUUAUUUGUGAUUUGUGGGUUUUAUUUAAUGAAGUGAUUUCUAAUGUGAAAACUGAUUGUUUAUAUACAUUAUGCAAAAAUGUAUUGAAACCUGGUUAUGAACUUCUAAUGCUUUUACUUGAAAAUCUGAGUGCAAUGUUGGAACUUCAGGCAAUUUGUGAAACUUCUGAAAUAGCAGAAAAUGUUCUAUAUCUUGUUCAAAGUCUGCUGUCAAUUUUCAUGACUAGACGGAAAGAGAUUUAUACAAAAGUUGCUGUACUUGAAUCGGUGAAAUGCAAUCUAAAAAAUUAUGUUCUCAAAAACAUGGAAUAUCAAAAACUUCUUUUUGACUUGCUUUUGAAGUGCUCUUUACCAUCUAUUCCUAUUGUUACUCCUGUUAGGUACAUGCAAAAGAUAAUUUCUGAAAACUCCAAUGACAAAAAAGUAGAAAAGAAUACAAUAGAUGCAAUUCUCUUUUCUGACAAAAAUGAAACUGACUGUGGAUCACAGGGAGACAGUUAUGCUGGUGACACUGAAGGAAGCAGCA